AUGGCGAUUUUAAUCCAACUCAACGAGCCUAUCACCAUUGCCAUAAGCAAUGGCAGGACCUCCCAACUCGAAGUGUGCAUAUCCCAGUACGAUAUCAUGUCAAGAAUCGCCAAGGAUUUCACCUCAAUCGAGCUAUUCUCCCUCGCAAGAACGUCCAGAACAGCAUGGGCUCAUAUCAAAGGAACUGAUAUGCUGUGGCGGGCGCUGACAUUGAAGACGAAAUGCUGCGGUUUCGGCGUCGAUUUUCGAAGGAAGGCGGCCAACAUCUUCCCCCGUCCUGGAACGUGGCCACUCCCGAUCUACUUCCCCUGCAGUUCAAACAGCCGAGUGCCCAUCGAAUCCCAGCUCUGCGUCGACUGCGGCAGCAUGGUAUGCAAGGAAUGUCGAAUCCAUAGCAGCUACCCCUUCGCUAAACGUUAUGGUGACCCAUACGACUCACUCGAGGGAGGAAGCUACUACGGCGUCCAACUUUUCGCACCCGUUGAAGUAAACGAGACAGAUGUACUGUCGCACGCCUCAAAGAGCGUCACUCCUCAACCCGAAGAAACAGCGCUUGACCGCUUCGUAGAAUGUUACCAUCCUUCCAAGCGCAGGCUGGCCAGUCUUCCCAACUUUUACAGUUAUCUUCCAGCGAUGGAGAAGAUACAGGCAGUGGGCGUCUGUCACGACCAGGAGAGCCUGCAUCGCAGUCUUCUCGAAGUCGCCCGAGCACGCCAGGUCGCCGUAUGUCUCCAAUGUUUCCACGACGACGGGCCAGGGAUGCUAGCGGCGCGGGACGUAUGCCAAAAGGGAGGAACUGUAGAAGAUAUUGGAAGGCAUACUUGCGAAUGCACGCUGUCCAAGCGGUACAUGACCGCCUGGCGCUGCAUGCGCUGCUUCAUCGCGAACGAUAUCUCCCGAGAUCUACAGGGCGAUGGGGAGUCAUCCAAGAAGUUCUGUAGAGACCGCACAACGGUGUUGAAGUGCGGCUGUGGUGGGAACGGGUCGCCGGCGUCAGAGUACCAUGUCCUCGUAUGUAAAUGGUGCGGUGGGUCGAUUCGAUCGAGAGAAGAUUGGGGGGACAGUUCACUUCUUAUUUUGGGGAAAGACUCAAGUGAAGUUUCGAGGGAAUUAGGGGAUCGCCCCGAUGGCGAUAGGUGUUAUAGCCACUGGUUUGGGACGAAUGGGGGGCAGACGUAUGAGAAUUGUGAGGGUUCUUGGUUUGCGUGA